AUGGCACGAACCAAGAGAAAUCCAAUCGCAGCCAACGAGGACCUACCUCCUCGACCUCGCAAACCGGCUCGAGUUACACCAGUCCAGUCCGAGGCUCAGAUCAUGAGAGGACUUAUGGAAGAGAAGAUCCAACCAGCCAAGCCCACCACAAUAGAUCUGGAUGAUGAGAAGGACACAAAGUCCUUCCCUCUCUCUGCAAUCCACAAAACUCGCUUGUCGAACCAACCAGAUGUCAAGGCUGGGAGAAAGCUCUUGGACGGCUAUGGCCCAGCAUGCUACAAAUCUUACGAGGGGAGCAUAGCAGGGAUCGAAAAAAACACCAAACUUUUCGUCGGGAGUCGGUACCUGCCGGGCCCCCAGAUCCCAGAGUCGAACGAGCGAGGCAACGGCCAGUACAACUUCCAUUCGUUGCCUAAUCAAGAGGCGGUUCUUCAACUGAAUGAGCCAGAGAACUUCCAUGUUGAGGAGUCGGAUCUUCGUGGCGAUGGGAUGGUGCCCAAAUACUCGCCUGGCGACACAUUGGCCGCUAUCAAAGCUAAAGAGGCGAUCGAAAUCCAAGCAGAGGAGUCUCUUCAGCAAAAGGAACGUUCAGCCAGAAGAUGCUCCUCGGCCAGAGGACUGUGA